GUCGACACGAACAUGGGCACGACUCCAAAGAGCCAAGAAGAGCUCAUGACCAAGGAGCGAUCCUACAUCUUUGAAGCACGCGUGGAAGACGCCCAGCAAUGCAAAGAGCUCGGAGCGGCAGCCCACAAGGCGGACGAGCGGAAUCGCGCCAUCCAGUUCUACGAACGCGCGUUGUACCACGUGGACUUUGAUGAAGGCACGUGGGCGUUUGAGCUUCUGGACAACCACCGCGACGCCGUCAACGAAGUGCGCCUUCCAGUGUACUUGAAUUUGGCGGCAUGCCACCUCGCCCUCGACGACGGCGACAUGCAAAAGGUGUUGGAAAACUGCGACCUGGCGCUCCAAAUUGACAAGGACAACGUCAAGGCGUUGUACCGCAAAGGUCAAGCGUAUUUGAACACGAACGACCUCGACGCAGCCAUCGUCGUGCUGAAGAAAGCGGCAGCUCUGAACCCUACCGACAAGGCCAUUCGACAGGCUUGGACGACAUGCAAAGAGAGGCUGGAACUGGCCAAAAUCGAGGAAAAGAAGCGCUGGGGAGGACGGUUGCUCGACGAGAGCAGCUCCAAGAACUCCCCCCCGCAGGUCGUCCCUGAUGAAAACGUGCCGACGACUCAAACCACGUCGCUGGCGUGGGUGUUGGCAGGACUUGUGCCGCUUUUGGCGGUGGUGGUGGCUUAUGUUUUGUGGGGACUAUAAGCCCCUCAAAGUACCCCGUGAUGAUGUCAACCAAACUGCAGUAGAAUACACACCAAAUUGAAUGAAAAAAUAGAGUCCAUUAUGGAAGGAAUAUAGCCGAGAGGUGCUGCGGCUGCGGCUGCUGGUCAA